CCAAUCCCCGCCCAGUAACCCGCCCUCUCCUGGGAUCACUUCCGCCACGGGGAUCAGUUUCCGGAAGUCCAGCGUGCCCGGCACUCUCGCGCGGGCCGGAGCCAAGAUGGAGGAGUACGCGAGAGAGCCGUGCCCCUGGCGAAUUGUGGACGACUGUGGUGGUGCCUUUACCAUGGGUACCAUAGGUGGUGGUAUCUUUCAAGCCUUCAAAGGUUUUCGAAAUUCUCCAGUGGGAGUAAACCACAGACUCCGAGGGAGUUUGACGGCUAUUAAAACCAGGGCUCCACAGUUGGGAGGUAGCUUUGCAGUUUGGGGAGGGCUGUUUUCCAUGAUCGACUGCAGCAUGGUUCAGAUAAGAGGCAAAGAAGAUCCCUGGAACUCCAUCACUAGCGGUGCCUUGACAGGAGCCAUCCUGGCAGCGAGAAAUGGGCCGGUAGCCAUGGUUGGGUCAGCUGCGAUGGGAGGCAUUCUCCUAGCUUUGAUUGAAGGAGCUGGUAUCUUGUUGACAAGGUUUGCCUCUGCACAGUUUCCCAAUGGCCCUCAGUUUGCUGAAGACCACUCACAGCUGCCUUCAAGCCAGUUACCACCCUCACCCUUCGGAGACUACCGACAGUAUCAGUAGGACAUCUUUCCCAGGAUCCUGUAACUGGGUGGACUGUAGUUCAGUAGGGCUUCAGAAGAUGAAGUUACAGUCUUUAAAGCCGUAGGUGGGGCAGCCGUGGCCCAGCGGGCCAUGAAGAGACAUUUAGCACAUUUUUCUAUUUAAAAGAGACUCAGAGGGGAGAGAGAUACUGAGUUUAUUUAUUCACACUCGGAUUGCAUUUGUGAUCAAAAUAAAUGUCUAAUACCAUUUAAAGAGCAUAUAUAUGCUUAGAAGAUGAAGGACCAAAGGGCAAAUAACAGUGAAACUCGACCAUCAUUUCCUUCAGGACUUCUCUGCCUGGUGUUUUGUGUACAGUUAUUCAGACAAUAAAAGGUUCCUGAGACUUAA